AUGGAGAGACUCUCGCUUAACGAUACUCCCGCCGGCGCCCAGCGAGGACACACGCCGCAGCCAUUUCCCCAGCAGAAUAAGAUGCUGGGACCCUCGGCGCCCAUGACACACGGUCCCCCGCAAUUACCCCCGCAGAUGUUCACGACGGCUGCUCAAUUGCUGGAUCUCACAGAUAAGAAACUUGUUCUGGUACUCCGCGACGGGCGGAAACUCAUCGGAGUGUUGAGAAGCUGGGAUCAAUUUGCAAACCUUGUCCUCCAGGAUACCAUUGAACGAAUCUACGCUGGAGGCCUCUAUGCUGAGAUUCCCCGGGGUAUCUUCCUUGUUCGGGGAGAGAAUGUCUUGCUACUGGGAGAAAUUGAUCUCGACAAGGAAGACGAUGUCCCUGCUCAUGUCCAGAAAGCCCCCUUCCCGGAGGUAUUCGAAUUGAAGAAGAAGGAAGACGCGGCGCGGAAAAGAAUGGACAAGAAAAGCCACAACAAGCUCCAGGGUCUUGGGUUCGAACCCGAACACAGCGGAGAGAUCCUGUUUUAA